UUCCUGGGCAAGUGGUGCCUCGUCUCCAGCGAGGGCUUCGAGGACUACAUGAAGGAGCUGGGUGUGGGUAUGGCCAUGAGAAAAAUGGGAAGUAUGGCCAAACCGGAUGUUUACAUUAUUAAGGAUGGAGAUACAUUCACUGUAAAAACAGAAAGCACCUUCAAAACCUCACAGUUUAGCUUUAAGCUUGGUGAGAAAUUUGAGGAAAAUACGUUAGAUGGCCGAAAAACUCAGACCCUUGUCAGCUUAAAAGAUGAUGGGUCAUUGAUUCAGGAACAGGAGUGGGAUGGCAAGAAGACCAUAAUAACACGGAAACUAGUGGAUGGACAAUUGGUGGUGGAAUGUGACAUGAAUGGUGUCAAGUGUGUUAGAGUCUACCAGAAAGCAUGAGGACAGGUCUUCAUAUUCACUAAGAACUUGCUACAAACAACUCAGUUCAGUGGACAGAGCUCCUUUACACUCCAUUUUCUUCCUUAUCCCUGUUUUCUAGUAUUUCAAUGGACUGAGUAUCUGUGUGCAAUCCUUUUUAAAAGCAGUGAUGUAACUAUUAUGUAACUAUUCUGAUCUAUUGAGGCUAUUAAAUAAAAUUUUCAAAUAUA